AUGUCCGAGUCUGCGACGAUCGAAAAAUCCACUGACAAAAUUUCUCGUUCCCUUACCGGAACCGAUAAGUCCAAGGGCACUACCGAAGGAUUGCAAGACAAGCAACCCGACCAUGAACAUCAAUACCCUGGCAAGAUGAAGCUCGCCAUCAUCCUUUUCGGCUUGAACUUAACCAUGUUCCUCAUUACCGAUCAGUUCCACGCCCUGGGUGAUGUCGGUUGGUAUGCCAGUGCCUACAUGCUCACGGUCUGCGCAUUCCAAUUGAUGUGGGGAAAGCUGUUCACCUUCUACUCGAUCAAAUGGGCAUACAUCGUGGCACUGUUUCUGUUCGAAGUUGGCUCACUGAUCUGCGGUGUCGCUCCAAACUCAACGUCUCUCAUUGUCGGUCGCGCCAUUGCUGGUGUUGGUAGUGGUGGCAUCAACGCUGGAUCCUUUCUUCUCGUCGCAUAUGCCAUCCCCCCUCGCCGGCGACCGACACUCGUCGGAAUGAUCGGAGCCAUGUACGGCUUUUCGUCAAUCGCCGGUCCUCUUAUGGGUGGUGCCUUCAUCGAUAACCCCAAAAUGACCUGGCGUUGGUGUUUUUAUAUUAAUCUGCCUCUUGGUUUCGUUUCGGCUGUCAUCAUCAUCUUGUUCUUGACCGUCCCUGGCGACACCAGUUCCCACGAUAUCCCAUUUAUGGACCAACUCAAGCAGAUGGACCUUCCCGGAACUUUUCUUGUUCUGCCCAGCGCAAAUGGUCGCAUCAUCGGCCUCUUCGCUGUCGCCGGUGUUCUUGCCAUUGCCUUUGUCACUAUCCAGUUUUUCAGCGGUGACUGUGCCACCGUUCCAGGCCGCGUGUUCAAGAAACGCAAUAUAUGGGGAUCCGUUGUCUUUGGUUCCUGCCUUGUCGCCCUUUGUGAUGCUAUUCCCAUCUGGUUCCAAGCCAUAAAGGGUGUCAGCCCAGUCAAAUCCGGCAUCAUGAACCUGCCCAUGGUGCUCAGCUUCGUCGUAUUCUCCUUCCUCGGAGGCACCCUGACCACCAUGACCGGUCACUACGUGCAAUUCGCCUACCUAGCCAUAAUCUUCAUGGCCGUCGGCAGCGGCCUGCUUUCCACCCUGAAAGUCGACUCCGGCCACCCCGAAUGGAUCGGAUACCAGGAUAUCCCGAUUGGUACUGCAAUUCUCAUCUUUGCCGAGAACCUGGCCGCGGCUGUUAUGGUAUCGGUUGGCCAGAACGUGUUCACGAAUCAGCUGUCUAAGAACUUGAAGACCUACGUUCCGUCUUUUGAUAGUGGAGUUCUUCUGGAUGCGGGUGCUACUCAGAUUAAGGAGAGUGUGCCGGCUGAGUUGUAUGAUAAUGUGCUGGUUGCUUAUAACAAGGCGCUGACGCAGACCUUCUAUGUCGGUGUUGCUCUGUGUUGUCUGGCUGUUUCGGGGGCGGCGUUUUUGCAGUGGAAAUCUGUGAAGGGGGAUAAGAAAGAAGAUCAGACAGGCGUGGAGAAGGUAUGA